UUUUCAUUCUGCAGUUCUAAAUCCAGUUUCAUUCUAAUACUCAACAAAGUUGACAUUAAAGACAACUUAUGAAAUAACAUACCCUGAUCCACAUAGUGAAAGAAAACAAUAUGGGGUCGCGUUUUAUACCGUCAACCAAACAUAUUGGCACAUGGCAUUUUGGGUUGUUAAUAUUGUUACAGUUAGUUAGAAUUGUGGUUAAUUGUCCAGCUGUAAAAGUAGUUAGUUAGGAAAUUAGUUCACAUUUUUUCCUUUAUAUACAUUGUACACAUAACGUUUCUUUUCCAGAUUAAUACAAUUUACAUUUCCAAAUGUCCUCUUCUGUAUUUCUCUCUAGAAUAUAGAUCUCCAUUGAUGAACAGCUUGAGCUAAGUUGAUAGUUCAUAUUUUCACAUGGUAUCAGAGCAGUAGAUCUGAUUCAUUGUGUACUUCAUUCAUACACAUUACGUUUCAAUUGAUCUUUUGCAGUUUCAAUGACGGGAGUGAAGAUUGAUGCUUCUCAUCCUCUGUUUUUAGGUCAAUCAGAUACUCCAGGGUCUGUCCUCAUUCCGGUAAAGCUUACUGGAUCUGAAAACUAUGGUUUAUGGAGUAGAUCGAUGAGAAUUGCACUUUUAGGUAAGAGGAAGCUGGGAUUUGUGCUUGGCACUUGCACAAAAGCUUCAGUUGGUGCUCAAUUGUAUGAUCAAUAGGAAACGUGCAAUGCGAUUGUUUUAUCGUGGCUCAUGAACACAGUAUCUGCAGAUCUUCUAAAUGGAAUCGUCUAUGCUUCAGAUGCACAUGUAGUAUGGGAAGAUUUGAAGGAAAGUUUUGACAAGGUGAAUAGGGUGAGGAUCUGGCAAUUACACAGGGAAAUCACUACACUGAUGCAAGGUACCAGUUCUGUAUCAGCUUAUUUCUUGAAAUUAAAGGAACUAUGGAGUGAAUAUGAUGUGUUAGUUCCAUCACCAAGUUGUGGCUGUGAGAAAUCAAAGGAUUACAUUGAACAUUUGAGUCAACAGAGAUUGCUCCAUUUCCUUAGUGGCUUGAAUGAAUCCUAUGAUCAAGCCAGGAGACAAAUCCUCAUGAAGUCAAUUACUCCAUCUUUAGGGCAGGCAUAUGCCAUGAUAGUCCAAGAUGAGAGUCAACAAGUAACUGCAGCUAAAAUAGCUGCUAAAACAGCUGAAAAAAUGGAAUCCUUAGCACUACAAGCAAGUAAUCUGAAUCUACAAGCAGGAAGAGGUAAAGGUUUCAAGGGUAGACAAUGUGACUACUGCAAGAUGAAAGGUCACACGAGGGACAAUUGCUACAAGCUAAUUGGCUAUCCACCUAGGAAACAAUACGGAGGAGGAAAUGAAAACUCAGAGGGCUGGAGAAGGAAUACAGGCAACUCUGAUAGCUGGAGAAGGGAACAGUCAUCGAGACCAGCUGUGAAUUGUGCUGAUGGUGCAUCUUCGUCCAAAGAUACUGGAAAAGGUUAUCCUGAAAGACAAGGACAUUUCUAUAGUCCUUUCUCUGAUGAACAAUGCAGGCAAAUUCUAGGGCUGCUGAACAAGGAAACAGGUGGACAUCAUGCUAAUAUGGCAGGUAUUAUUACUUGUUUGAUGUCUAUGUCUCAUUGUUCAAAAGAUGAGUGGAUUGUUGAUUCUGGAGCUACACACCACUUUACUGCUAAUAAGAAGUUCUUACAAGAUAGCAUUGACAUAGAUGUUUCUAAGAAAGAACAAGUGCAUUUGCCUACAGGUGAGAAGGCUGAUAUCACUCACACAGGGAGUGCUAGCCUGUUUGGACAGAACUCAGUGCAGGGAUCUCUACAGUGGCAAGGUGAAGGGGAUUGGUAGAGAACAAGGUGGCUUAUAUUUGAUUGUUGCAGACACUAAUAAGAGCUUGAUAAAUAAUGAACUAAAGA